AUGGUGCCCAAGAUGUACGGUAGUCCAAUCCAAGAACCAAUAUCCGGGAAAGUGAAAUCUUCUCAGACCUCAAGGGCAUUGGUAAGAACUCGCAAAAUUGGUUCUCAAAAGGUUGACCCAAAAUUCAACGAGCUUCAGUCGAAGUUUAGAACAAUAUACGCGAAUAUCGAAGCUCUGUACCACUCAUGCGAGGAUUAUAAGACUUCUGUGAGAUCUUUUUUUUAUAAUUCUAUCAACCUUAUUGAAUUAUUCCGUUUGAUUUUAGAGGAUGCUACUGAGGAUUCCCAUGAUUGUUUGACACCGGGAAGCGCGCUUGAGAGUUCUCCGAUACCAAUGUGCGAGGAAAGACAGCGUACAACAGAGAUUCUAGAAUAUUUUUAUGCUACAUCUGGCUUACCGUCCAACCAGCGUGAUUUUUGCAUAUCGAAACUCAGCAAACAGAUGUAUGCAAUUGCCAGGAGGUUGGAUGAAGACUUUAAAUUUUUUGACCAUGGAGUCCAAACCCCAUUAAAGACUGUUUACCAAGUAUGUUCCAACAUCUCACGGCUUAUAACUGCCAGGAACAACGCAAGUUCAGAAUAUAUGGGCAUGAAAGAGAGGAUCGCCGAGUAUGAGUAUAUGAUGCAAAAUUCUCACUCGAGGGACAAUCAUAAUUUCGAGCGCCUCGAAUAUGACGAAGAAUUAAAGGACGCUAGAGCUAAAUUUGAAAUUCUAAACCAAUUGCUUAAGAACAACCUGGAAAUCUUCACCGAACUCAUAAGCAAAUUUAUGAAGGAAUGGUUUAUGGUUUACUAUUACUCGACGCUACGGAUAACUUACGCCCUUUAUCAUUUCAGUUGGACCAGUCCCGAGUUCAAGAAAAUUGCGUUGAAAGGUCUGACUAGCCCUCACCACGAGCUGAUCUCAAACAGCCACAUCCUGGCGCAAUUUCACGCCCAAAAUGACGUUGUCACCAGAGAGGUCGAGAAACUUAAUAUCGUUGAUUUUGACCGUUUCUAUAAGACAAGCGUCGAGACUAUAGACAGAAUCUUUAUGGAGUCUUUUUUCUAG